AUGCUGACUGCUGCAGCAUUCGCGUCGGCUGCCGUUCUUUUGGCGGCCUCGAUUCCGAACACGGAUGCCCACGGUUACAUGUUGAUUCCCGAGUCGCAGUUUAAGGGAUCCGCCAAUUCGGCCUGGAUUGUUCAGAUCGACCCCGUUUGGGCGAGUGAGGAUUGGGAUGGCAACAAACCUGGAAGUGUUGAUGCAUUUAAGGCACUCAAGACGGCCAACAACUUUAAAGACUUGAAGACUCUCAUGGACGACACGUCCGUCUACGGUGCCGACUGCGGUUUCACGGACCCGAACGGUACGCCUCAGCCCAUUCCCACGGACGGCAAGGCCACUUUCUCGCGUGCAAUUGUGCACGUCGGUCCGUGUGAGAUCUGGCUCGAUGACACCAAGGUAUUGUAUGAGGACGACUGCUUCACACUCACUGCAUCAAUACGUGGUUACUUGGCUAGGAUUGAAUACCAACUAGACGUGAGGAAAUCCAACAAGGAUAACAUUGUGCUGAUAAUGGACUAUGCUCAGAACCUUACACUGCCGCAUGUGCCUGACGUUCCGUCUAGCUGA